CUGGUCCUACUGAUAAUCCGUGAGGUCGUGGCACCAGACCAGACUUCACAGGACGUCUUUGAAGAUUUGACAAUGCUCAUGGUAGGCAAGGUUGAAGAGAGAUUGAUAGUGAAAGGCAUCGAGGAUGCUGACGAUAAAGUUAAAGAGUAUCAUGAAUUUCAGAGGCCUGAAGAGACAAGAACACAACUUACUGAGCGAAACAGUAGAGGAUUUAAAGGAAAAGUGUUCUGCACUGAACUUACCCUACAAGGAAAUGCUUUCAGGCUUUCUUGUGUCUAAGAAAUCGCGAGAAGGUCUUUCUAUUUUUUCUAUUUGGUCCUUCCCACACAACCGAUUCCAAGAACACUGGGCCGCUGGUUAUGUAGUUGCGCAGCUAUUAAGGGUGUCUCGUUCUCUGCCAGACUUGACAGGUUUGCUGGAUUCACCCUGUCUACCUAAUUUUAAUGAUAAGAAUUACUUAGUGCGUUUCAAUCGAAUGAAUAACAUACAAGUAGACUUUUCUGAAAAUCCGAUUCUUGAAAUCUAUUCAGAAGAUGCCAAUGAGGCAAGGCAAUUGGCAUAUUCGGCGACAACAAAACCAAAGUCGGAUGUAUUAAUGGAAGUCCUCGCUGAUAUGACGCGCACAUUAUCCUUGUCACAGCAAAACCUUCUGGAUAAAGUCGCCACAGCCAUCAUCAGCCUCGUCUUAUACGGUAACAAUAACUAUGUGGAGACUGCAAAUAAUUGCCAGAGAUAUUACCAAAUGGUCAUGGCAUCAGGGCAGCAUGCAGGUAUAGUGAAGGCAAGUGCUAGGGUACUGAGCGAAGUUGAAAGCCUUGACGCUAAGGAAACCUCUCUGCCCGGUUUGUUACCUAUACUGGACCACCUCAAGACUUGCUGCGUGCGCGUUCAUGCCCUCCGUGACACGCCGAAACUCCCGUCAAGGAAGGUCCUGUCUGCGAUGAGAGAUUUGGCCAGAAAGGACGUCGAGAUAGAGCUGAAAUGUUUAUUGAAGCAAUCUGCAGAGUUUUCUGAGUUGUGCCUUGAGGCGGUCACAGGUCCAGGAAGUCGUUCCCGACUGACGAGGUUCGAAGGUUUCUUGACAGAAAAGGGAAUGCAGCUUCUGCCGGAGAGCCUGGAGGAGCUCAUGACCAUGUCUAACGCAGAAGGGGUGCGCGCUCUGCAGGCGAGGCUCCCUUACCUGCCAAAUCUUCAAACUCUAGAUUUUGAUGGGCGCCUGACAGCAGCAGAGAUGCCCCUCCUACCCACUAUGCUUGAGGAGCUGAAGGUCACGACCGACGGGGAGGGACUGAAGGCGCUGGCGAGAAGGCUCCCGCAUCUGAAGAAGCUGCGGUUUCUCUGUUUCGAGGGCCGCCUGACGGAGGCAGAGAUGCCCUUCCUCCCCAGCUGUCUCAGGAUAGCGUGGGUCGAGACGGACGGGCAAGGCCUGAGGGCUCUGGCGAGAAGGCUUCCGCAGCUGAAUGUCCUCCAUCAUCUAGACAUUCGGCUGCUGGAGUGUCCUUCGGCUGCCUCCCUGCCCCCCCUCCCCUACGAGGGCUCCAACCUGACGCUGGACCUACAGGGCCUCUCGCCCCUGCCGCGCCCUUGGGUGUGCGACGCCGUGCGUGCGCUCAGCUCCGCGCGCAGACGCAGCACGCGGCUCCUCCUCCCCCCCGCCUGCGACGACGCGCUGGUGGAGAGCAUCAAGCAGGAGCUCGAAGGCCGCGGCGCUAGGUUCCCUCCGCUCGCCAAGGGGAUCAAGUUCCACUUCGAGGGCGAGGCAGAGGCACAGCAGCCCCUCGAGCUCCCUCCCGCGCGGGCGCCGCCCCUCCCGCGGCGCUGGCUGUACGGGGCUCUCGUCGUCGGUGUCGUUUUGGUGGCUUGGCUGAUAGCUGUGCUGCUGCCAUGAGUAUUAGGACACACGCACACGCAAUAUCUGUUAGCCGGAGUGUCCAGCUUCCCUCGUAUGAUAUAUUUGUCUGUAUCUCAGCUGAAAAAAUUACAUGUAUAUAUUGACUAGUUUUCAGCCUCACCCAUCUCCCCAUCACCGACCCAGAGUGAGGCAGUUGGUGAGGUCCUUAGUAGAGUAGAAGGGAAAGAGGACACAGUAAUAGCAUUAAUCUUACAGGAUUUACUAGCUAAUGCAAGUGACUCAUGUGUGCUCUUCAACCUCCUUCCCCCCAACCAUACCCAUCACCUAUUCAUCCCCCUUCCUUGCCCCGAUCCUUCUAUCCCUCUUAUUCGUACCCUCUUCCUGUCCCCUCGCUUUUUCUGUUCUCUCUAUUUCUAUGGUAGUUUUUCUUCUACUCGUUUUUCUUGCUUGUUCUACCUUUUAUCUCUCUCCCUACUCUAUCCUGCCUCCAUCCUAUCCCUAUCCUGCCCUGCAUCCUGCCGCAUUUUCCCUUGUGCCCUUCUUAUUCGCACCCUCUUCAUGUUCCUUCGCUUUUUCUCUUCCUUCUGCUUCUACGCUAAUAUCCCCCUUUUCCAUUCCUUUCUCCCGUUUGUCCUCCCUUCUACCUUUAAUCCUAUUCUCUCC